AUGUUUGGCGCAUUCACAGGAUCGGAAUCGCAUGUGGUCAAGGAAUGGAUCAUCUCGCUCGGACCUAAAAUCAUGCCAGAACGGGCGUAUGAGAAAUUUGCUGGUCCCUUUUUUGCGAAAGAUGAGGAUCUCAAAAGUCACACCACGACAACUGCAUUCGAACAAAGAGCCAAUGACGUUUGCCUAGCUACACUCAGUCCAUCCGCAUCGAGUAUGCUCUCAUACGUCCAAUUUGCAUUACAUCUUCCCGAAGAUAUCUGCGCGGGAACCGAUGACCUGGUGCUAGAAAGACAGAAACAGCAAAAGAAAGGUUUAUGGGAAUUGGGGAAGAACAUGAAUUCAGCUUCUGGUAUUACCACUUCGAGCGAUAUCAAAGAAAUCGCCAAGCGAACACCUGCAGGAGAGACCAACACUUUUUGUGCGAAAAUGUUAGAUCUAAGAGCGAAGCCUUAUGCCAACGCUGCCGUCAUCUUCGGUAUUUGCCUCGCCAUCUGUCAAGGAUUACAUUCAAACCAAAGUGUCAUAGACUUGUUAGAAGAAGAACAGGAUCGCAUGUCCAUGCAAAGGAUCGUAGACGAACAGGUGACCACUAUAUCGGAGUAUGUUAGAUACCAAAAUGAUCAGUCAGAUACCGAGUGGGAAGAAGAGUUUGUAAGAGGUUUCAUGUGGGCGAAAGGCGAGUUGUUAGCUAUAUUAUUUUAA